GCGCAACGAGGUAGUUUCCGCGGCAGUGAGUGAGGAAGACCGCAGCCACCGCAGUGUCAGCAGGGUAUUGUGAGGUCCUGUCAUGUCAGCCUCAAUUUGCUUUAAAGAAAACUUCAACUCGGAAAAGGCAAAGGGCGCCUUAGAAGACAUUUUGGCCGCGUUCGAACACCCCGAGAACUACGCCAGAGUUCAAAACGCUAAAGAUGUGGCAGGGAACGACAUGCUCAAACACAUGCAGGUUGUUUUCCCCCUUCUCACGCAAAUCAAAAUGGAAGUAAUCGAGAACUACGGCUUCACGCCCGACGGUGAAGGUGUUCUGCAAUUCGCCCAACUCAUCAGGCAGCUCGAAAGAGAACACCCCGAUGUGGCGAGGCUGAAUGCUGAGCUGCGGGCUCAGUUCAUUCCGCCGAUGGUGCCGCCAUCAUUACCGGACCAUUGAGAACUCAGCCUUUACUCGGUGCUUGACGUCUUUCCGUCGCUACGUGGUUUAGUACCAAGUGCGUUCAGAAUUACGAUAUACCGUCGUUCCACGUUUUGACGAGCUCUCGGACAAUGUGUGCAUACUAAUGAAUGUGCAACUUGUUGACAAUAAAAAUUAAAACCUUUCGAUUUCUCUAA